GCGUUGCUCUCCACACGAACGCCAGGACUCGACAUGUUGCGCGACUUACUCCUGAAGAGCUGACACGGAAUCCUCACAUCUCACAAUGGCUUCAAUACUGCGGCAGAUUGUCGCCGGCCCACGUGCGCGGCACGCUGAAGCUGGCCUCGACAUGUGCUAUGUCACAGACAAUAUCAUCGCCACAUCAGGCCCCAGCGGCACAUAUCCUCAGCGCGCAUACCGAAAUCCUCUCGACUCCCUCGUGAAGUUCCUCGACUCAAAACAUGGCGAAGACUGGGCGAUAUGGGAGUUUCGUGCUGAAGGUACUGGCUAUCCAGACAGCGAGGUCUACAAUCGCGUAUAUCACUACCCCUUUCCCGAUCACCAUCCGCCGCCCUUCGCCCUCAUACCAAACAUCAUGGCCAGCAUGCGCAACUGGUUGAAGGCAAAGGAAGGGCGCGUUGUUGUUGUUCACUGCAAAGCCGGGAAGGGCCGAUCAGGUACAGCGAGCUGCAGCUACCUGAUGAGUGAGGAAGGCUGGCCCAUGGAGAAGGCCCUACAGCGAUUCACAGAGCGGCGCAUGCGGCCUGGCAUGGGCUACAAGGGCGUCAGCAUCCCAAGUCAGUUGCGAUGGCUCACUUAUGUUGAUCGCUGGACAAAACACGGCAAGAUGUACGUUGAGAGGCAGGUCGAAAUUCUGGAAGUGCACUGCUGGGGUCUGAGAGACGGCGUCAAGAUCCAGAUCGAGGGCUUUGUUGAGGACGGCAAGCUUAUCAAGAACUUCCACACAUUCACCAAGGAGGAACGAGAGAUCGUGAGGGGCGAAGUAAAGACAACAGGUAUGGCACAAGCAGUCCACGAGGUCAUGUACAAGAAUGGUUUGGCCGGGUCAUCUGGCAAGGCCAAUGCACAGGUCGAUGGCCAGAGUGAAUCCAAGAACGCCAGCAGGUCCUCUCUGGAGACACCACGAAACGCAGAUGGCGCCGCGACGCCUAGGGAAAACUCGAAAGAGAGCCUCACACCAGGUACGGGCGAUGUCGUCUUCCGGCCUUCAAAGCGCGUUGUGCUGCCCACGAACGAUAUCAAUAUCGACGUCGAGCGUCGCAACAAAGCUGCUUUCGAUCUCACAAUGGUCACCGCAGUCGCACACGUUUGGUUCAACACAUUCUUCGAGGGCAGCGGCGCGGAGAAGAACGGGACAGCAGACGAAUCCGGUGUCUUCGAGAUCGACUGGAGCGCAAUGGAUGGCAUCAAGGGCUCAUCACGCAAGGGCACACAGGCUUUUGAGCGCAUCGCUGUCGUCUGGCGCGCACUCAGCGCUGAGGAGGGGCGGCCUGGUGUCCUCAUUACAGAGCCAAAGGAAGGCGAGGAAGUGCGACAAACAGGACCCACAGACUGGAAGGGUACAAAGGGUGUCGAGCCGAGCGAGGGCAAGGAUCUUGGCCUGAGAUCUUCGAGCCCAGACAACUUAGAGCUCGACGUCAACCAAACAGAGGCCAUCAAGAGGGCGAACGAGAAGAACAAAACAACAGUGCCAGUACCUGAUCGCAGGAAUAGUGACGAGAGCGACGACAGCGACACAAGAGAUGUUCGAUCGCACGGCCCCAACGGCGAGGAGGUCCUUCAGUACCCAAGAUCAACAAGAACAAGCAUAGAAGCCAGUGAUAAGAAGAGCGACUCAUACACAACAGCCUCACAACCCACAAUAUUAAGUCAGACGGAUGGUGUAGCGGCGACAACAUCGAGGCCUUCUUCCAGAGGGUCGCACAGAGGCGCAAGCCACGUUGAGAAGCUGAUUGAUAACGUCAAAUAUCACGUUUCUGGGGCUGCAUCAACCAGUGAGCUGCCUGACGGCAGACCUGAGAGCGAGAUGAAGAGCGCGAAAGAACACCAACUUGGACAUCUGGGAAAGAGCAAGCUGUCGAACUGAGGCGUGCCAAUGCGGCUCGACCAGAAGCCCGAGUGACCUCCAGCACAACGUGCCAUAGGACGAGGCUCUGGCUGCUGAUGGUUUGGGGACUCGAUUUUAAAAAAAAAAAAGUGGUGCAGCGUAUCAGGUUCGUGCACGAAGCACUUUCGCGUAGACGCUGCAGCUUGCGGGUGCAUUGCAGGCGCGUUGUGUUGUGUACAGCACGGGCGCACGUGCUAGUGGGUAUCGACUUCCCUCCUGUGUUGAAGGCGAAUCGUUUUGCUUUGCUUUCGAUAUACCAUUGUAGCAACAACGUCAUGCUUAUUUACCGAUCAAUUGUGCUGCGCAUGUUCGUUCUGGG